AUGACGGGUACUGAAGCUGAGAGGUGCAUGACGGAUACUGAAGCUGAGAGGUGCAUGACGGGUACUGAAGCUGAGAGGUGCAUGACGGAUAUUGAAGCGGAGAGGUGCAUGACGGAUACUGAAGCUGAGAGGUGCAUGACGGGUACUGAAGCUGAGAGGUGCAUGAUGGAUGCUGAAGCUGAGAGGUGCAUGAUGGAUGCUGAAGCUGAGAGGUGCAUGACGGAUGCUGAAGCUGAGAGGUGCAUGACGAUUUCUGAAGCUGAGAGGUGCAUGACGGUUGCUGAAGCUGAGAGGUGCAUGACGGGUACUGAAGCUGAGAGGUGCAUGACGGGUACUGAAGCUGAGAGGUGCAUGAGGGAUGCUGAAGCUGAGAGGUGCAUGACGGAUGCUGAAGCUGAGAGGUGCAUGACGGGUACUGAAGCUGAGAGGUGCAUGACGGGUACUGAAGCUGAGAGGUGCAUGACGGAUACUGAAGCUGAGAGGUGCAUGACGGAUACUGAAGCUGAGAGGUGCAUGACGGGUAAUGAAGCUGAGAGGUGCAUGACGGGUACUGAAGCUGAGAGGUGCAUGACGGAUACUGAAGCUGAGAGGUGCAUGACGGAUACGGAAGAUGAGAGGUGCAUGAGGGAUACUGAAGCUGAGAGGUGCAUGACGGGUACUGAAGGUGAGAGGUGCAUGACAGGUACUGAAGCUGAGAGGUGCAUGACGGAUACUGAAGCUGAGAGGUGCAUGACGGGUACUGAAGCUGAGAGGUGCAUGGCGGAUACUGAAGCUGAGAGGUGCAUGACGGAUAUUGAAGCUGAGAGGUGCACGACGGAUACUGAAGCUGAGAGGUGCACGACGGACACUGAAGCUGAGAGGUGCACGACGGAUACUGAAGCUGAGAGGUGCACGACGGAUACUGAAGCUGAGAGGUGCACGACGGAUACUGAAGCUGAGAGGUGCAUGACGGGUACUGAAGCUGAGAGGUGCAUGACGGAUACGGAAGAUGAGAGGUGCAUGACGGAUACGGAAGAUGAGAGGUGCAUGAGGGAUACUGAAGCUGAGAGGUGCAUGACGGGUACUGAAGCUGAGAGGUGCAUGACAGGUACUGAAGCUGAGAGGUACAUGACGGAUACUGAAGCUGAGAGGUGCAUGACGGAUACUGAAGCUUAG